AUGAAGCGUAAAUCCAGCUCAUCACCCGAACCCAUAUCAAGAAAACUAGCGAAGGUCGGGGAUUAUUGUUACGAAACUCCCACAUGUAUGCCUAAUGGAGAUCCCAUAUGGCCUGCGCCUCUCUCACACCUGUCCACUGCUAGAGAAUUUCUUAAGGAAUGUGCAUCAUCUCAGGAGAAGACGCUAAUUGUGCCAGACAAAGAUGCUGAUGGCCUCAGUUCUGGGGUUAUUAUACAUCGGACUCUCGUAAAGCUGGGUCUCAACCCGAAACAUUUAGAUGUCCAUCUGGUUCAAAAGGGAUCUAAUAUUCAUGAAGAAUAUGAGCGUAAGCUCAUGCUCGCGACAAGGCCCAAAUUCGUUAUUGUUCUUGAUCAAGGAAGUAGAAAGGGUCCUCCAGUCCUCGACGAUGGAGAGGCUCGAAGUCUCAUUAUUGAUCACCACCUUAGUGAUGAGUUUCCUGAAAAUGCGUUGGUUGUGUCUGCUUGUCACUACCCGCCUGUAGCGACUACCGCUCUCACUACCUAUGAAAUAUGUAAAGAGCUUCAUCCUGACAUUGCAGUUGAAUGUGGUUACCUGUGUGCAAUCGGUACACAUGGAGAUUUAGGAAAUACCUUAAAGUGGUUACCACCGUUUCCAGAUAUGACUGAAACAUUCAAAAAAUACACCAAAAAACUAAUUAAUGAUUGCGUCUCAUAUAUAAAUGCUCCAAGGCGCACAGGAACUUAUGAUGUUAUUACAGCAUGGAAAGCACUUCUGGAUGCUAAAGAUCCCAAGGAGAUCAUGAGUAAUCAACGUCUAGCGCUCGCCAGGCAAGAAAUUAAUGAAGAGGUUGAAAGAAAGACACAUACGCCACCAAAGUUCAGCAAAGAUGGAAAAGUCGCAGUACUCAAUAUCAGCAGUCAGGCGCAAGUUCACCCGGUUAUCGCAACACGAUGGGCAAGCCAUCUCAAAGCAAAAUCACUUGAAAUUGUCAUGGUGGCCAACCAUGGAUACCUGCCUGGCAAGGUUAAUUUUUCUUGUCGCAUUGCUCGCUGUGCUCGAGGAAGGGAUCCUCCAGUCAAUAUCAUAGAGUCAUUGAAGGCGGUCGCGAAUCUUGAUACUACGGACCUUGUGCAAAGACUCGGUGAAAAUUUCGCAAGGGGUCACAAAGAAGCUUCUGGGGGCAUUAUCAACGCUGCAGAAUUUGAGGAGCUUUGUUUGUUGAUGAAGGUUGGAGAGAAGCCGGAUAAGCCUGAAGGAACAAAGAAGAAGGUUGAAAAGUCACCCCAAAAGAACACACUAAGCAAUUAUUUCAAAAAGUCUUGA